CCGGAUUGUACGUACAUCUAGGGCUGGGACCCGGUCCUAGCAAGAAUCCGCUUUUCACCUUGAAACAGAUACGGAUUCCUGGGGCGAAUAACAUCAGAAUAGCUACCUAGAUACAUAGACAAGCUAUGUACUUGGACGCACUACAAUGACACCAGAAUUCCACCUGCCCUGCCUAGCCAUCGCCGUCAUCACCACCUGUACCGUGUCUGUUGGAUUCACCAGGGUACCGGUACUGGAAACAACAGGGCGUGAUGGUACGCCGAAAACUGAUGGUUCAAGUGAUGGAUUGUUCUGUAUAUAUUCUUUCUCUCCCUUUCUGGCAGUGCCAGAAAGCCCCCUUUUUAUACUGCUAUUGUGGUGGCGAAAUAGGUGGCGAAGUAGGCCGCGAAGUAGGUCGCGAUUUAGGCUGCGAGGUAGGUCGCGAAGUAGGCUGCAAACCCUCUGCCUGGCUCCUUCAAGGCCCACAUUCCAACAGUGUCCGUUGGCCUCGAAUUAGAUUCCAGUGUCGAAGUUUUGGGCGACGUGAUGCAAAAGCUUCACGCUAGUCGGGUUGCAGAUGUGACCACUACUUGAAGCCCUCGUAAAUCGUAA